AUGCCCCCACAUGUGACCCAGCCUCUGCAACAGCGGGAGUCCCCUACCCGGACUCAUGCACCACUUCCCGAGCUCCCCACUUCGCCUCGGGACGGAUCAGCCCAACUUGGGAACCGAGGGGCGGGACAUCCGGUGACUCGCCCGGAACCCGAGGCGCUAUCUGUGGACCCAACGAGCGCCCUGCGAGCCCAGCUGCGCCUUGUUAGUCAACGUCUCGACGAAGUACAGCAGGAGGUUUGCAGGUCAAAGGGAGAGCUCGGAGCGAACAGACACCAAGGGUCCCCGUUCGCGCUUGAAAUACAAGAUGAAGUGAUUCCACCACACUUCCGGCUCCCUUCGUUGGACGCCUAUAACGGUGCCACUGACCCCACGGACCACAUAGCUGCAUUUCGUGCCCAAAUGGCGCUAUACGGGACUUCUGAUGCCUUGAUGUGCAUGGCGUUUCCAACGGCUUUGAGAGGGCCGGCCCGCGCAUGGUACAGCGGCCUGAAGACCAGAACCAUCAUUUCCUUCGAUCAGCUCGCUAGAGACUUUGAGCUCAACUUCCUGGCCUACGCCCGAUCGAAGCCGUCCGUGGCAUUACUCCUCGGACUCAACCAAAGGGAGGACGAGCCCCUCUCCCAUUUUGUGAAUCGUUUUACGAUGCAGAUCCGAGGGCUCUCAGACGCUCACCCCUCUCUAUUGAUGCAGGCAUUCAUGAUAGGCCUAUGA